AUGGCCACCUCCACCAUGUCCGUCUGUUCCAGCACUUGCACUGAGCCUUGGCAGGUGGACGACUGCCCAGAGAGCUGCUGUGAGCCCUCCUGCUGUGCCCCUAGUUGCUGCCAGCCCAGCUGCUGUGCCCCAGCUCCCUGCCUGAGCCUAGUCUGUACCCCAGUGAGUUGUGAACCCAGCCUAUGCUGCCAGCCAGCUUGCUGCUCCUGCUCCCCCUGCCAGCCAUCAUGCUGCACACCUGCCUGCUGCACGCCUGCCUGCUGCACGCUUGCCUGCUGCACACCUGUCUGCUGCACACCUGUCUGCUGCACACCUGUCUGCUCCACAUCCGUCUGCUCUGGGGCCUCCUCCUGCUGCCAGCAGUCUAGCUGCCAGCCUGCUUGCUGCUCCUGCUCCCCCUGCCAGUCAUACUGCUGUGUGCCCGUCUGCUGCAAGCCUGACUGUUGCACACCUUCCUGCUCUUCUGUGUCCCUGCUUUGCCGCCCUGUGUGCAGACCUGCCUGCUGUAUGCCUGCCUCCUCCUGCUGUGCCUCCUCUUGUCAGCCCAGCUGCUGCCGCCCGGCCUCCUGUGUCUCCCUGCUCUGCCGCCCUGCCUGCCCCCGCCCAGCCUGCUGUGGCCUCUCCUUGGGCCAGAAGUCCUGCUGCUGA